UUCUGCUUUAACACAUGCAACAACAAGUACAAAUCCUUUCUGCAUCCAACAGCUUUUGAUCCUACAGAAAUGGCCAACCAGCAGUUAAAACCCGUUGCCGGUCUGCUUUUGGUUCUCAAUUUAUGCAUGUAUGUCAUCGUUUUGGGCAUUGGAAGCUGGGCCAUCAACAGAGCAAUCGACCACGGUUUCAUUAUUGGUCCUGAUAUUCAUCUCCCGGCACAUUUUUCCCCCAUAUACUUCCCCAUGGGAAAUGCUGCGACCGGGUUCUUUGUGACAUUCUCGCUGCUCGCCGGAGUUGUUGGCGCAGCUUCAGCUAUUUCCGGUAUCAACCAUCUUCGAUCUUGGACCUCUGAGAGCUUGCCGUCUGCAGCCACAGCUGCUACCAUUGCCUGGACCCUCACCGUACUUGCCAUGGGCUUCGGUUGCAAGGAGAUCGAGCUUCGGAUCAGAAAUUCCCGCUUGAGAACAAUGGAGGCCUUCUUGAUCAUCCUUACCGCGACGCAGCUUCUGUAUUUAGCAGUCAUUCAUACCGUUGCAUCGAGGAGAUGAUCUUUUAGAGUAGAACAACUUUUGUGUUUGUGUGCAGCGUCUGAAUUCUUGUGUGUUAAUUUUAUUUUUUUCACUUUUCACUUUGAAUAAACCUAGCCAUGGUUAUGGUAUCAAUAGUGUGAUAUAAUUGGAUUGGAUUGAAUACAUAAUGUUUUCAA